GAGCCGAAGCCGGGCCGGGCCCCGCAAGAGCAACAGCGACGCCAGCUCCUCCUCCUCCUCCGCCUCGGUGAGUCCACUCCACCGCCCGGAGAGGCUGCUCGCCGCCCAGUCCGGAUGCCGGCGCAGGCCGGGCCGCGCCGCCGAGGUGCCCGGAGAGAGGCCCGCGCCGCGAGCGGGACACCGCGGCCUCCGCUGGGAGAUGGCUCUUGAAGUUAAAUGAGGCUGGAUAAAACACAUAAAUGAAGCAGAAGCUGCUCUGCAUGUGUUAGGGCUAUAUCACCACAAGCACUGCUGAUCAGCCAGACUUGGUAACUUGUCAUAAUGAAGAAAAUUAGUCUCAAAACAAUUCGCAAGUCCUUUAACUUAAAUAAAAGUAAAGAUGAAAGUGACUUUGUAGUGGUUCAACAGCCAUCGUUAAGUGAAUUUGGAAAAGAUGACUCCCUUUUUGGCAGCUGCUAUGGUAAGGAUUUGGCUAGCUGUGAAGUCAAUAGCGAAGAUGAAAAAGGAGGCAAAAAUAGAUCAAAAAGUGAAAGCUUAAUGGGUACGUUAAAAAGGAGGCUUUCAGCAAAACAAAAGCAAAAAGGCAAAGGCAGCACACCAUCUGUAAGUUCUGCAGAUGAUGACACCUUUUCUUCAUCAUCUGCUCCAAUAACUUUCAAAGAUGUGCGAGCUCAAAGACCUCUGAGAUCCACUUCCCUCCGUAAUCAUCAUUACAGUCCAACUCCAUGGCCCCUUCGACCUACAAAUUCAGAAGAGACUUGCAUAAAAAUGGAAGUGAAAGUCAAGGCCUUGGUCCAUUCCUCUAAUCCAAGCCCAGCACUGAAUGGCGUUCGAAAGGACUUCCAUGACUUGCAGUCAGAUAACGUGUUCCAGGAACAAAACAAUGCAUUAAAAAAUACGGAAUCUCAGAAUGGGGACUUGCAUCUUCAUAUUGAUGAACAUGUGCCUGUAGUUAUUGGAUUAAUGCCUCAGGACUACAUUCAGUAUACUGUGCCUUUAGAUGAGGGAAUGUAUCCUUUGGAAGGAUCACGUAGUUACUGUCUGGAUAGUUCCUCACCCAUGGAAGUUUCAACUGUUUCUUCGCAAGUGGGGGGAAAUGCUUUCCAUGAAGAGGAGAGUCAAGUGGAUCAGGAUGUAGUAGUUGCACCAGAUAUCUUUGUGGACCAGGCGGUGAAUGGUUUGUUGAUUGGUACCACAGGAGUUGUGUUGCAAAGUCCAAGAGUUAAUCACAGUGAUGUCCCUCCACUUUCACCUUUGCUACCUCCAAUGCAGAAUAAUCAAAUCCAAAGGAACUUUAAUGGAUUGAAUGGCACAGAUGCCCAUGUGGCUGAAAGUAUGCGCUGCCAUUUGAAUUUUGAUCCUAACACUGCCCCUGGAGUUGGAAGAGUUUAUGAUUCUGUACAGAACAGUGGUCCUAUGGUUGUGACAAGUCUCACAGAAGAACUGAAAAAACUUGCAAAACAAGGAUGGUACUGGGGCCCCAUUACACGUUGGGAGGCAGAGGGAAAAUUAGCUAAUGUGCCUGAUGGCUCGUUUCUUGUUCGAGAUAGUUCUGAUGAUCGUUAUCUUUUAAGUUUGAGUUUUCGUUCCCAUGGAAAAACACUUCACACUAGAAUUGAACAUUCAAACGGUAGGUUUAGCUUUUACGAACAACCAGAUGUGGAGGGGCAUACGUCUAUAGUUGAUCUAAUUGAACAUUCGAUCAGGGACUCUGAAAAUGGAGCUUUCUGCUAUUCAAGAUCCCGAUUGCCUGGAUCUGCAACUUACCCAGUGAGACUAACGAAUCCAGUAUCUCGGUUUAUGCAGGUGCGUUCUUUGCAAUACCUGUGUCGUUUUGUAAUACGUCAGUACACCAGAAUAGACCUGAUUCAGAAACUGCCUUUGCCAAACAAAAUGAAGGAUUAUUUACAGGAAAAGCACUACUGAAAGCUUAUGGGAAUCUUGCAUCUUGCACUUUGGGAACAACAACAACAAAAAGAGAUUGAAUUACAGUUUACAGACUUUCAUUAUUAUCAAAACCUUUUGCUGCCAUAACAAUAUUUCAUUUCUGUGUGUAAAAGAAAGGUAAUGCAUUUGGAUUUAUGUUUGUUUUGGGGGGUUUUGUGUAUUUUUGGGGGCUCUUUUUUUUUUGUAAAGAAUGAUCUCAAGUUUAUUUUUAGAAGUGUGAAAUAGCUAUCUUUCAUCAAUGUGCAGAUUAAUCACAAUGUGAAUGAUCAAAUUCUCCUUAUUUUCCCCCAAGUCCUUUGCUGCUAUCCACUGUGAUUUUUAUGCAUUGAAAGCACAUUUCAUGUGUAUUCAACCAUAAGUUAAAAGUCAAAUGAAACUUGUUCAAUGGAUUUUUAUUCCGUUAAAAUAGCCUGAAAAAGAUGAUCAUGGUUAAAAACAUAUUGGUAUUCUAAAUUAAAGAAUUUACAUCUAUGUUAAAAAUGAUUUCCUAGUUUCCUAAUUAUAAAUUUCUAUAGAGAUAUGCCAUAAUGUGGAACUUAGCAGAGCUGUGUGAUAAAGACAUGCUUAUGCAGCAGAUAUCUUAAAAACAAAAAACAAAAAAACCAAACCCAAUAAAGAACAAAACACCUUUCUCUUAAGCCUUGUAUUGUCUGUACACUACUUUGUGUUUGAGAAAGUUGGUUCAGCUUUCUUAUUGUCUCAGUAUUUUGUUCUUCUAAAAAUGGCCUUUAAAAUAAGAAGUCUGCAAGAGUCAAUUCAUUAUACCUUUGAGGAAGUUGCAGUAUUGGGAUAACAUCAAAUAUCUUUAAAUGCCAUCAGUUAAAUAAGCGAACUCCUACCAGGUCCCCUCUUUCUGUUGUUCACCAUCUUACCUCCCUUUGGGCAAAAAAAUGCCCUGAAAUUAUAGGAAGACUCUAGGAAAUGCUUUUACUGAAAUACAAGUUGAUAAGCCAUUUCAGAGAUUGGGUAAAACUUCUAAUAGGAUAAUUUCUGCAAUUUUUAUUCAAAAUACUAGAAGUUCCAGCAUUUUCCAUUUUUCUGUAUUUUUUCACUUCUGAAAUGCAGUAAUACACUAAUGUUCUUUGGAUCAUUUAUUCCAUUUUGUUUAAUAUUCUUUGUGGAGAAAAAAUAGGACUAAAAUAUUUUGGAUGGAAGAUGCUUAAAAUGAAUCUCUAAAGCUCUAUUCAUGUAGGCCCUGAUAUUAUGGGGCGGAGAGGUUUGAAUAUAUAUUGACCACAGAAAAUGUUUCAGUUAACUGACAUGAAAUAUGCUUUGACAUAUGAAAUAUUGAACCAGUUAAGUAAAUGUUUAUUGUAUCUGUCAAAGAUUCCGGCAUUUGAAAAGCUUACAGUUAUUCUGACAUUCUAUAGGGAAUAAAGACUUUCAGUUGGGAAUACAGGUUCUACACUGUAAUAAUUCAUGCAAUGCUGAUCCAUGGCAUUUUUGUUUCCUUUCUUUUUUUUUUUCCCCUCCCCCUUCUUGCCCAUGAUUCUAUCCCUUUUAUGUUAAAGGGAUCAUGGCUAACUGACUUGGGAGGGAGGCUUACUCUGCUUCCCUCUGCCUCUAGAUUUUAGGAUUUUAGAAUGCCAUCUUCCCCUUCUCUGGUAGGAGUUGCUAGUCAGUAAACAUCAUUGUAGAAAGGGCUGUUUGUCUUUGAUGCAUCUUUCUUGUUUAGGUCAUUUUCUUCUUUUUGUUUUAUCUAGCCUUUUGUCCCCUGAAGUGAGUCAUUAGUAACGAAUACACUAUUGCUGCAAGGUGGUGUAAUAGCACUACAUCUUGGGUUGCCUGAAUUGAUAGACAAAAUUUAUAUUUUUUUAAUUUAUUUUUUGACCAUAAUGUUUAACAAAAAAGUAAAAAAAGAAAAACAAAGGUAGAUAAAUGCUGCCUUUGCUUUUAAGGGAGCAAGAGUAAGGGUUUCUUCUUUAGUCUGAUAAAAGUUUUAAAUUACAAAAAAAAAAAAAUCAGAGCUGUCUAUAUACAUAAUUUGUUUCUGCCAUUGAGAUACAUGUAUGCAAGUGUGAAUUCUGUUUUCUUUUUUUCCUCUACUGACAUCUCCCCAACCCUAACCCCUUGAAUCAGAAUCACUAACUUUAUUCAAAAAAGGCACAAUAACCUAUUGUAUGGUACAGUGUUCUGAUUCUGUCUGUGAGGAGGAAAAAGAAAAUCACUUUUAUAGAUUUCAGAUGCAUACAUCUUGGAGAAAAACCUCUGGCAUUUACUUCACUUUAAAAAUUCUUUCCCUGCGCAAGCUGGAGGGCCUAUGCAUUCUACAGAAUCUUUGAAAGAUUAUAGUAUAGUAAAUAUUUUCUUUGCCAUUUUAUACCACUAUUGAAUGCAUUAAAGUUAUACUACACCACAUGCGUUAAUUUAGCAGUUACUACAUUGAAAUCAAAAUAUUUGAAGCUAUAAUAUCCCAGUCUUAUUGCUGAAUUGAAAAACAUGUAAGAACAUGUGCCCAUGCCUUUUCAAAUUUGUUUGUUUGCUCAUACAUGUUGAUGCUUUUUGAAACUGUAGUUCAGCUGUCCAGUUCUUGAAUUGCCUCCCUUGCUAUAUUCUUUGUCUAAUCAGGUCAACUUACUGUUGUCAUUUUCCCCCUCCUAUAAAGCUUCCACAAAAGGAACACUUUGAAGUAGUGGAGGCCUAGGAUGUGGUGACCACAUAGCACUUUGUUUCUUGAUAAAAGUGGUGGUGAUAUUUCUACUGAGGUUGGAAUACUUGAAAUCAGUAGUAAGUAGACAAAAAAAAAAAAAAAAACCCAAACCCCCAAACUUAUUUUUAUGGGUAUUGUUAUUCAGAAUUUCUCAGUAUGUUUUAUGCUGAGGUAAUUGGCCAGCCAGGAGUAAGAAACCAGAAAAAACGCUUCGAAAACCUUAAAGGUAUUUACAACUUCUUAUAAUAAAUAUUAAUAUAGAAUAAACACAGUAACUUUGAGUGUUUUAAAUUGUCUCAUAAUUAAGAGUGACCACAAAAAUUGUGUUGUUGUCUACUUCAUAAAGUUUAGAGAAACAAUGUGUACUUGACAAACAAAAGGGAAAAUAACUGAAGAUAUUUUGAGGACCUUUAAAGUAGCUACACUAAGAAAAAGUUAACUAUUAUCUUUACAGAGCAGAAAAGUAACUAUUUAUUCAGCACAACAGUUUAAGGGUUCAAAAGAUAGGCCUUUUAUGCAACUGAAUUGUGGAACAAUGUUUUUCAAAAUGAAACUUUGAAAUAAAACUCCUUUUUUGAGCAUAUGAAGUGACUGAAAUUAUUGGUAACAUUUGUGUUUCACCAAUUAGAAGAGUAAAACAAUACCUUUUAUUUGAACAUAUAAUAUUUGCAGGUUUUUUUUUUAUAGGUCAGUCCUAUAAACAACUGAAAGCAAUCUGUAUUCUUUUAUCAAUUUGAAGGAUAUAGUGCUUAUCCUGCUCUUGACAUAGCGAAUGCUGUCUUUUGAUAAAAAUGUUUUUCUGCCAGGAGGAUCAGAAAUGCAAUUAUUAAUUAAACUCUUUGUUCACCAAUGAACUGACUUAACAUUUUGUUAAAGCCAAUUUUUUUCUAUGAAUAUUGGGUGCUGGGCUAAGUGAAAUCUGUGCAGUUUUUCUUGUGAUGCAUUUCAUCUAUGUGAAUACUGGAAUUACAAAUUUAAAACAGCAUACCAGCAAUAUAUGGGCUAUGAUUCUGUUGAGGAAGUAUUUCUCUGUUACUGUAUUUUCAAUUUCUGAGCUAAGCUAUGGAUGAAUUUCAUUUCUUUCAAUCUUUUUAUGACUGCAAAGAAUAAAAAUUAGAAGCAUUCUUUAUAAAUAAAAAAUGGACAAGGUGGUAGUUCAUAAUAUGGCAUUGAUGUGUCUGGAAACUCCUAAAUUCCACACAGAUAAUGAAAAACUCUUAAAGAUUUUCUAUGACUAUAUGUUGGGUUAAAGAAUUUUUAUAGUGAUGAUGGAGUGCCAUGAAGUUAAUACUUGCAAUCCAGAUUGCUGUAGUUUACACUUUUCUCUGUUUCAGACCUGGUGUGCACUAUUUGUACUAAGCACGCCUCAGAGUGAAUUAUCCAAAGUCCAUUGAUUUUAAUGUGUUUUGGUUUGUAAACAAAAUUAUAGUAAUUUCUUGCACAUUUUGGAGAAAUAAUUGUAUAAGGAUUUAUGUAUCUGCUUCUGGAUACAGUGUGUAAAUAAAAAUUUCAUUCACAAGAA